UCAAUUUUGAGGAGGCGUGCGGCCAAUUUUGAAAGGCACGACGGCCAUUGGCCGCGGUGCCGCGGCUUAUGUCUAGCCCUGGGCAUUUGGAACAAAACUGGGCGAUCUCAUUUGGCUAGUGAAGUGAUAGAGGACAAGUGUGAGCUACAGAUCUUUCGCCCUGUUGCAACACGGUGGAAUUCAACCUGUCUCGCUACUGAAAGAAUAAUACGCAUUAUUGAUGAAAAGGGGGAAGAUGCCAUCAAGAGCGUAUGUGAUGAAAUCAAGGUGAAAAUGUUGAAUCCUGCAGAAGUGGGAUUUCUCAGAGAGUAUUGCAUCACUAUGAAACCACUGCUAAAAGCUUCAAACAUUCUCCAGUCAGAGUCCAGCGUCUACUUGGGAUGGCUGCUGCCAGUAAUCCACCAGCUUCAGUCCAAACUCAACCGGCUGGAGACAUGCAUGCCACUUAUCAGAGCCCUGCAAAAUGGCCUGCAGAAGCGUUUUGGACAGAUGAUGGAGGAUCCAGAGCUGGCUGCUGCUGCAGUCCUCUUACCCAAGUUCAAAACCUCCUGGACUGACAAACCUGAUGUAAUAGAGGCUGCCUUGACAUACGUGAAAAAUCAUCUUGAAACCACGGAGCAGGAAAGUCAGCAUCAGCAAAUAGAGUCAUCUGAUGAUGAUAAUUUUUUCUCCAGACCACUCUCCACAAAGUUGCAAAGUCCAGUUGAGCUUGAUGGUUACCUUGCAUGUGCCUCGGACAGCAUGGAUCUGCUUCACUCCUUCCCAGCCAUCAAGAAGCUGUCUAUGAAAUUAAAUACAGCUCUGCCUGCCUCAGCUGCAUGUGAACGGCUUUUUAGCUGUGCUGGUCUACUGUUCACAUCUAAAAGAAGCCGGAUAGACUCUGUGAACUUUGAAAAUCAGCUUCUGCUGAAACUGAACAAAAGGUUCAGAAGGUAAACUGGUAUAGUAUGAUAUGUUAGUAUGCAAGGUCCGUGUAGUAAGGGCCUUGCCCAGCUGUUUGUUAUCCCACGGCACUGGGAUAAGUUAAUACUGUUUACAAAGCUAUAAAAGUGUUUUCAUUAUAAAACACAUAAUGGUAAGAGAACUUUCAACAGUUUUGUGACGUUUUAUUUAUUUUCAUUUUAUAUAUAUAUAUAUAUAUGUGUGUGUGUGUGUGUAUAUAUAUAUAUGUUUAGGGGUGUUGUUCUGUGAUUCGUAUAUAAACCACACCUGACAGUUCAGUUAAUGCUGUUUACAAAGUUUCAAAAGUGUUUAUAGUAUCUUUAAAUGUGUUUUGUAAAAUGUGCUUUAUUGUCUGGAUCUUGUCUGAUUCAGCAAUUAUGGAUAAUUCAAUAAAUACCACCAGCUAAAAAGUAA